AACCAUAACUGUAACUCUGUAAUCCACAUUCUUCAUCUUCUUCUUCUUCUUCUUCAUGGCUGCCAUGCCGAAAUUGAUGCAAUCCAUCUCCCCUCCAUCAACGACCAAUCCACACCCAUCCUUCCCCUUGUUGCUUGAUGCUGCUUUUCUCAUCUCUAGAAGAAGUUUUAUCAUCGCUUCUUCACUUGUAGCCUUAUCUUCUUCUUCUUCUUCUUCUGCUGCUGCUGCUGCCGCCCUAGCUCAACCGCCUUCCAAGUCCUUUCUUUCAGGCAUUGCCAACACCAAGUCGUGGUUCCAAUUCUACGGCGAUGGCUUCUCAAUUCGCGUCCCGCCAAAUUUCCAAGACAUCACGGAACCUGAGGACUAUAAUGCUGGACUGUCCCUCUAUGGAGAUAAAGCGAAGACGAAGACUUAUGCUGCGCGUUUCGCGACUCCUGAUGGAUCCGAAGUUCUGAGCGUUGUUAUCCGGCCAUCUAAUCAACUUAAGAUUACCUUCUUAGAGGCACAAGACAUUGCUGAUUUAGGUUCUCUGAAGGAGGCAGCUAAAAUAUUUGUUCCAGUUGGUGCAACAUUGUAUUCUGCUAGGAUAUUUAAGAUCAAGGAAGAAGAAGGAUACAGGAAUUAUUACUUUUACGAGUUUGGUGGAGAUGAGCAGCAUAUAGCACUAGUAGCUGCUGUGAAUAGUGGAAAGGCUAUAAUUGCAGGAGCUACUGCACCGGAGAGAAAAUGGGACGAUGACGGCAUACGCCUUCGCUCUGCUGCCGUCUCUCUCACAAUUGUAUAACGCAAUUAGAUAGUUAUGUAACUUUCUUUUGUAUUUUGAAGUGUACGUUAAAAUUAAACAAUGUUUCGGGAUGUACAGCUUUUAAUAUUAAACAAUUUUUACAUUUAUGAUUAUGUAAUUAUUUGUCGCA